GGUGUGUGUGCGUGUGUGUGUGUUGAGUGUGUGUGCUGUGUGUAAGCGUGGGUGUGCUCUGAUUCAGGGAGAGUGUGUGUUUGUGUGUGUGUGCGUGUGUGGAUGUGAGUGUGAGUGAGUGCGUGUGUGAACUAGGAGGAGGAGGAGGCUCAGUUUGGCCUCUCCCUCUCUCUACCCCUCCUUCCCUGCCUCCCACCCUCUGAGUUUUGCAGCAUCCCUGUAACUAAUGACCUCGCUUCCACUGUGCAGAGAAGAGAGGCACCUGCUGCUCCUUAAUGACUUCAGCUUUUCUGUGUCGUGAGCAGUGCAGAUACACUGAGAACAACAGCGUCCUGCUGCUGCUGUGACUGUACUGGCGAAGGUGUGGGCCACCCACCCCCCCCCACGGCUCUGCAGGUGAGAGAUUAGAGGAAGCACCAAAAGGCGGCUGAGUGAGAAUAAACACCACUCCCUUCAUCCAGGGACUGUGCUGCUGAACCCGGGAAUGACUGAACGUUUUGUGCCGAACUCUUAAAUUGACUUGAAGGGAAAGGAAGCAGCGAAGAGCUGCCAAGCUGCCUCUAGUCCUUCCCCAAGCAAAUGAUGCUGUCAUCAAUGCCCGUCUGAUGGCUCGGCUCCCCGUUCCUCCCUGCCCUCAGCCACUUGCUAAUUGAAAGGCUUCAGAGAACAGCUAAUGCAGUAGAACGAUGACCGAGGAAGUGGGCUCAAGUUCCCCUGAACUCUCCACCCCUCCUUGUCCGACCCCAUCUGGCACGGCGGAGGACAGUUCGACAGCGAGCCAGGUGGACGGGAAUGGCGCGCUGGGAAUGAGCGGUCUCAUUGCUACCUGCUGCAUCUGCAUGGAGGUGGAGCGUGUGCGAACUUGCUUGAACUCGGAGAAGAUCUGCAUCGUGCCCAUCUUGGCCUGCUUGGUGAGCUUGGGGCUUUGCAUUGCCGGCCUCAAGUGGGUUUUUGUGGACAAGAUAUUUGAGUACGAACCUCUGACGCACCUUGAUCCCAAGCGCAUAGGGCAGGGUCCUAUAAUCUCUGCUGACCAAGCAACAGUGGCAGAAUGGCCCCCAUCAGCUGCCUUUACCACCACCAUUCCGAUAUCCGAUUUGAGCCAGACGCUGAGCACUCCUGAUGACUCUUUGGUUCUCACCUCAACACCCUUCACCACCCCUUCCUCACAUCCCCCAACCUCCUCUCCAUUCUUCCUGUCCUCCAUCGUUUUUGAAGCUUUCUCCCCCGAAACUGUAGUCACCAAAAGUCGUGAGGUGACAGAGUCGACAUCUGUAUCAGUUCCCCAAAUGACCGACACAAACCUUGUUAUUGCACCAGCGUUUACUACCACAUCACCAACACCCUGGUCAGGCCAUGCAAGGCCAUGCAACGAGAGCAAUCGGCAUUACUGUGUGAACGGGGGACAGUGUUUCGUUAUCAAUGGUAUUAAUAAGCUCUCCUGUCAGUGUCCAAAUGAGUUUACUGGUGAUCGCUGCCAAAACUACGUAAUGGCCAGUUUCUACAAGGCUGAGGAGCUCUACCAGAAGCGAGUACUGACGAUUACAGGGAUCUGUAUUGCUGUUUUGGUGGUUGGCAUCAUGUGUGUGGUGGCGUACUGCAAAACAAAAAAACAGAGAAAAAAGUUGCAUGAUCGUCUAAGGCAAAGUCUCCGUUCCGAGCGAAACAACAUGGUAAACCUUGUAAAUGGACCCCAUCAUGCAAACCCCCCAGCAGAAAAUGUUCAACUGGCAAAUCAAUAUAUACUGAAAAACCCUGGAUCCACUGAGCACGUCAUUGAGCGAGAGACGGAGACCUCAUUUUCAACAAGUCACUACACAUCGACAGCCCAUCACUCCACUACAGUCACCCACACCCCCAGCCAUAGCUGGAGUACGGGCCAGACGGAAAGUGUCAUCUCAGACAGUCACUCAGUGCUUGUGACAUCAUCAAUGGAAACCAGCAGGCAGACCAGCCCAGUAAAUCACAGAGGUCGCCUCAAUGGGGUGGCAGGUCGGCGGGAGAUGCUCAUCUGCGUGAGGAAUUCGAGAGAUACUCCAGACUCUCUCCGAGAUUCACCGCAUAGUGAAAGGUUUGUCUCUGCUAUGACCACCCCAGCUAGAAUGUCACCUGUCGAUUUCCGAACCCCCAUGUCUCUGAAGUCGCCCGGUUCUGAGAUGUCACCACCAGUCUCCAGCCUGACGAUAUCCAUGCCCUCGGUUCCCAUCAGCCCUUCGAUCGAAGAAGAGAGACCCCUUCUCCUGGUGACACCGCCCCGGCAGAGGGAAAAGAGGCAGGAUGCUUACAAGCAGUACCGUGGUUCAGCCAGGGACAGCGCCAGUGUCCCAGCCAGCCCUCAGAGGGUGGUCGAGGACGAUGAAUAUGAGACCACACAGGAGUAUGAGCUGGCCCUUGAGCCUCCUAAGAAAGGAGCCAGCAGCAGGAGGGGGAAAAGAACAAAGCUUAAUGGCCAAAUAUCACACAAAGUGGAAAAUGAGAGCAAUCCAACCUCAAACAGCAAUAGCUCUGACAGCGAAACUGAAGAUGAACGAAUAGGUGAAGAGACGCCAUUUCUGACCAUACAGAACCCCAUAGCAGUCAGUGGAGAAUCAGCCCCUGCAUACCGAUUGGCUGAGAACAGGACUAACUCUACCAAUAGGUACUCAGCACAGGAAGAGUUGCAAGUCAGGCUGACCAAUGUAAUGGCUAAUCAGGACCCUAUUGCCGUUUAACACCACAUCGAUGCACCAGUAAAACUUUAUUUUAUAUAAUGAAGUACUCCGGAUACUUUACUUUAAAUUAAACAUUUUAUUUUAUUUUAGCAGAAGAACCUUGCAGCUGGUAGAGAGUCUACAAGUUUUUAUAGAUUAAAAUAUAUAUAUGUAAAAAAAAGUUAGCAUUCACAAUACUAAUGUGCCAUAUGUAGCGUUUUUACAGUAUUUCAACACAGAAAGAUAUCAAUGGUGCCUUUAUGUUACUUUAUGCUGAGAACAACCAGUUUCAAGCAACUUCUGUCCAGCCUGAGGGAUUUCCUUCAGAUAUCCAAUGUAUUAUCUCUGAGCACUAAAGCUUGGGUUAUCUGUAGUGUUUAGUGUGGGAUAUAAUAAGUUGAUUGUCAACAACAGCAAGAGGGAAUAAGAAACACACAUGGGAGGGAGUGAAGAAGAUGUUUGACUCUGGGAUUUUAAUCUUGCUCAAUAGUAUUUCACAGCUGUGAUUUCUGGUGGCACCUAAAGUUUAUAAAGUUAACCUAAAACUUUCCUAUAGAGAGACCUGAACCAGAGACUUGGAGGGAAAAAAAACAUCAGAACCUUAGAGCUCUCCAACUGGGGACUUGUCUCAUGAGGAAACCUGUUAAAGCAACAAAUCACUUCACAUCUCGCUGUCUUUGAGAGCAAACUGAUGUAAAGAUUUUGCAAAAUACAGAGCAUUAUAUGUGUGUAGGGGGACACAGUUAGAUGAAAUUAGUUCCACGGAGCUGCUUGCUUUGACGGGGGACAGGCAGUUUAUUUGGUAUUUUUGCUGGUUCCAUGCCAUACUCUGCAGAGUAGCUUUUUUGAAAAGCCAACACAGUAUUCCCCUUCAACCCACCCUUCCCACCCCCCAA